CAUGUGAUACCAAUGAGAAAUAUGAUAACAAUGUAGCAACAAGUUCCAAGAGGAAAAGAAAUUGUAUUAGAGAGCGGAAAAGCUUUAAAACAUCCCUUUCAGAGGUCCAUAAUUUAACUGCUCUUUUAUCCUCAAAAAAAACAUCAAGUCAGUCAACUCAAACAAUACAAGUUAGUCGCAAUAGAACAGAUAAAAUGAAUAUUCAGACUCAGACUGAACCAAGCCUAUUGUCUAUAGGAGAGAAUUCAGUUAAUGGCCAAGACUCUUUCAGAACACACCAAGCUGAUUGCAAAACUUUGCCAGAAAUAAUUUAUAAGAUAUCAGACAAUGAUAGCAAUGAGUAUUUUUUCACUUAUACUGAAAAAGGAGAUGUUAAACUGCAGAAUUCUAAUAAUCUUAACAAUCCAAGAGAAGAGUUUAACAUAGUAUCUAAGACAGAGAAUAAGGAAAUAUCUAUUCAAGCGGAUAAACUUGACAACGAUAAUUUAGUAAAAACUUUAAAAUAUAAUACAAAACCAGCAUCCAAUUUUAUAAAAGAAUUGCAAUUGUCUCAUUCAUAUAAUAUCGAUCGAACGGAGGUUUUAGAAUCAAUUCCUCUAUCGGAUGAAAAAAUUCUUAAUAAUCAUUUAAUUAUCAGUGAUGAAUUACCCACUUUGGAGACUAUUAGUUAUGAGUAUUAUCCAAUGGUAUCUUAUCAAGAAUUUUAUCAUAUUCCUCAAGAUACACAAAAAUUAGCAAAUGUAGAAAAAUUCGAAAUAUUCUCUACUAAUAUUCAUUUCAUUUUGGAGCAAGUUAAAACAGCCAAACCUCAGAAAAGUGAAAAAGCUAUUGGAAAUAGUAGAAAAAAUAAGAGAUGUAUUAGUGCAUUCAAUCUUCAACAUUGCGGAAACCCUUUCGAACAUUUUCAAAAUGAAGAUAACAACAAAGCUAUGACAAAUAUAACAAAACCUGAUGAAAUAAUAUCAAAUAGAUUAGAAAAUCAUGAAUAUAAUAAUUUUACAAUAGAAUUUGACGAAAGAGGAAACGUUUUACAAGGAGGCACUGCAAUUUUUAAAAGAGAAGAAAAUUCACAGCAGAAAAGUUUAAUAAAAAUAAAGAAGAAUAAAACGGAAAUAAUUAAAUCAUCCUCUAAAGAUAAUUUAACUUGUUCAUUAGAAAUCAUUACUCUCCUUGAUCAACACAUUGAAAUUCUGGGUCAAAACGAAGUUAAUUUUAACGAACUUGAAGAGGAUGGUGUAAACCUAUUAAACUACAAGGAUAUCAUUAUGAAAGCUUUGAAUUUCUUACGUAAGAUAUCAUCAACUAUUAGACGUUCGGCAACUCCACGAAAUAUUGAUAUCAAAUGCAUACAAAGACUAUUUUCUGAUAUUAUAAACUACGGUAGAGAAGCAGCCAUAAAAAAUACUCUAUUACAAACUUCUUCUGUAAGCGGAAAGGAGGAAGACUCGAUUGGAGAAGAUACCACUAGCGUCAACAAUGAAAAACCAUAUUUUUCAUCAACCGAUUUAAAUAAUGCAUUUAAAAAAUUUUUAGAACCGAAACAAAAGAAAACCACUUCAAAAUCCGCAACUGUCUUGUCCGACCGAACCAUUCAAUCGGAACUUUCGCUGAAUGAUGAAACAGCAAAUGCAGUUGACUCAUUGGGACAAAUAAUACCCGAUGAAGCAAAUUAUAUAUAUUCUCACGUAAACCCUGUUGUUAAUAUCCAAUUAUCAUCGGAUAGUUCAAGCCAAAUAUCGCUUAGUUCAACUGGUUCUGUUGGCCAAAUUAACAGUUACGAUACAAUAUCACAUCAGGCAAGUACAAGUCAAGAGAUUUCGUAUAAAUUGAGUAAUAUUGCUAAAAAUAAGAUGGAUAGCAUAUUAAAAAGUUACGUUCCAACUAUUAAUCUUUGGGGCAAUGACAGUAGAAAAGAUGAAUUGGAGAGAAAGGAGGAAAAAGCCACUAAACCUAUACAUCUUCCCGGCUAUGUUCUAAAACAAAAAGGAAGCAAUGAUGGAAUAAUCCAUCAAAAAUCUCCUCAAAAUGACAAUAGCAAUGAAUUUAAAGAAUCAUUUAUGUUUGUUACCAAACAAGAACAGCAAGAGAAUUGUGAUAAUGAUGAAGAAGAUUCACUAGAUCUACCAGAUUCUAUAAGAUAUAUUCAAAUGUCUCUAUCUACUUCAACCGAUGACGAUGAGGAAAUCCAUACGAACAACUUAAAAAAAGAUCGAAAGUCCUUCUUUUAA